AUGCUGAAAGACAAGAAACUUGAGUAUCAAAGUUACCUUGAAGAGUAUCUUGAAGAUCAGAAAGUCUACGAUAUUUUCGAAGAUAUGAUGAAAAGUCUCAUCAUGCAAAAGCCCAAGGAUCCCAUCUAGUUCCUCAUCAAGAAACUAACAUCUCAGGAAGUGAAGCGUUUUAUUAUUGUGGGACCACCAGGCUGCAAGAGAAAGGAGAUUGCUUUAAGUUUGGCUGAGUAUCUGUCAGAAGACCUAUCUUUGGUUUGCAUUUCAGUAGGAGACUUGUUGAAUAAGGAGAUCUCUAAGAAGUCUGAGUACGGCAAGCAGAUCGUUGAGUCAAGAAAGACCUACUCAUACGUGAAAGACGACAUUGUAACUGAGUUAGUCAAGGGACAAAUUGAAGCAUUAGAAAAGGAUCAGAAAAGCUGGAUCAUCGAGGGAUUCCCAAGAACCAGAAAGCAAGCUCUUGCUCUUCAAAAGAUGGGCAUCGUAUUAGACAAGUUCUUAUUGCUUGACGUUGCAAAUGGGCAAAGCAUUGAGAAAGUUACUAAAAAUUUGAAAAGUGAAGAAGCCAUCAUUCAAUACAGAGAUGAAGCCAUUGACAAAUUUGCUGAAAAUGCACUCACUGAAUACAGAAUUCAAAUCGAAGGCGUAAAGGAGACAUGCAGAGGUGCAAUUAUUGAAAUUGAUGGUAACAGACCAGAGGGAGUGAUCCUGGAAGAAAUUGUUCGUACCUUAAAGCUUUCUAGAUCUGCAGGACCAAGAAGACCUCCAAGAAUCUUUAUCAUGGGGCCUCCAGGUUGUGGCAAGACUCAGCAUGCAAUGACACUGGCUUAGAAAUUUCAAUUGCAAUAUGUGAAGGUCAAGCACAUGAUCAAGGAUGUAAUUAGAUCAGAGGGUAAGAGCCAAAAAGCAAAGGACCUUAGAGAAAGACUCAACAGUGGCGACUCAUUCCCAGAUGACUUGAUUAUUGAUUUGGUAAGAGACAGACUAUCAAAGCCAGACUGUAAGAUCAAUGGCUACAUUCUUGAUGGAUGUCCUACAACUCCAGAAUAAAUCAUGAAACUUCAAGAACUAGAAAUAUCACCAUCAUUAGUUGUUGCUCUUGAUUAAAAUGACGCACUUACUUAUGACAAACUGGAACACAUCAGAUAUGAUCCAAUCGACAACAGAUUCUAUCACCUUUUGAACGAUAAAGUGCCCGCAUAGAUCCAAUCUAGACUGAUCUAGCAGGCUGAACACUCCCAUGAUGUGCUUAAAGUCAGACUUGAGGAGUACAAUAACUUCCUCGCCACAGUAGAAAAUGAAUACUCAAGUCAUUUGAUUAGAAUUAAUGCUGGAGAUGAACCACAAAGAGUGUUCUUAAACUUAUGUGAAGCAGUUGAAAAGCCAGUCAGCACUGCCAAGUAAAAGAGUCAAGUGCAAAAUGUGCAUCACAUUCCAACAGUUGAUUCCAAUCAAUAGCCCUCCAAGCAUAGUAAAAAUCCGACGAACUAGGCAGGAGGAGGAGCAGACUUCGGAUUUCUGGGUCCUGUUGGCCCCAUUAAUGAAUCGAAAAAGCAAAGUUAAAAUUAAAGCAUGCAACAUAAGCCAAAAACCUCUAAGUCGAAUGAGAAACACGUAGUUAACAAGAUCACUUAGGGCGUGCUGUAAAAAAACAGAGUUGAUUAGGAAAUAAACAGAUCAAACAAUAUGAGAUACGAGUCUAUCCAGUCUAAAAUCAAAACUAAAAGGAGAUAUCAGCAGUCUGGCAGCAACUUAAACAUCAAGGAAAACUUGUACUCGCCAUCUAACGGUAAUAAAAACCACGUUAAUAUUGGUGGCGGCUCGUAAACUAUGGUGGGGGCAAACUAUGAGCAAAUGUUUAACCAGACUAUGGUUGGAGCUGGAUUGUAAAAUAUUACUCUUGGACUUAGUGAAAGAUAACACAUAGAUCUUAGUCAGACUCAGAACAUUGUAGACAUGAAGCAGUAUAACACAACAAGCACUGUUAUUAGUAAUCAUGUUUCAGCAUAAUAAAGCAGAGGGGGCUUAAAUAUAACAUAAGUCCUGAAGAAUAAUGGAGCAUAGCCUUCUAAUGAUGGUUAAAACUUUGAUUUCGGAUGUUCAUUAAGAAUGCCAGGAUCCACCAAGAAUUCUUAGAAUAAAUCAGGACAAGAUGGAAAGACUUAGAGUGUUAAAGGCAGUUUUUUCGGGAAUCAGUAAUUACAGGAUUUUAUGAGCAAUAUGAGCAAUGUCUCAGCCAACUUGCACAUGCCUUUUCCUUCUCAGAACAUUACUGUCACCCAGUAAAAGCACGGAAGUAACAGCAAUAAUGGAAGUGUAAAGCGAAAGCCAUCAAAUCAAAGCUCUAAUAAUCAGAUUGUGCCAGUCCUAGACAUGAAGAAAGUAUCUAUCAAGUAAAUCCAAAAUAUGAUGAAGCGUAAGCCAGUUCCAAUAUAAUUCAUUAUAGAAAAAGCAGUAUCCAAACGUGAGAGCAAAGAAUCUGGUGUGAAUCAUGCUCAGCAUCAGAAUAAUUUGAGGAAACAGAAUGAGACAAUACCUUAAAAUCAGCUAUCAAACAUUGCUGACUCAGCGCUAUACAAGAAUCUAACUCAAAAACUUAUCCAGGAAUAAUAAUAGCAUGGUUAGCCUCCACUUCUACAGUAAACUCAAAACUUUGUGAUAAGUAAUAGUAACAAUAUGUAGAACUUGAAUUUGUCCAGUGGCUAGUCAAGUAAAUUUAACCUUAUCAAAAAGUAGUCUACACCCUCUAACAAAUAGUAAUAAUAGCAAUAAUAACAGUAGCAAUAACCAUUGCAGUAACAAUCCAACAAGAGUUUAAUAAAUUAAUUUGAAAAGCGACUACAAAAUAAUUCAAAGAAUAAAGGCAGUCUGAAUACAUCACAGAAAGAGCAGUAAAUAAUGCUAUAGUAGCAACAAUAGUAGCAAAGCAUACCAACAACUGCAACUAAUAAAAACCAUAAGUCCUUUGUAUUUGAUUUAAGCAAUCAGCAACCGAAUGGGAAGAAAUCUGGAAUUGCCACAAGUAAGCAGGUGAAUGCCAAGAAAAAGCUAAAUCUGACAGGAACUAUACCUAAGGGAUUACUGAGCCCUACUAAUAAUAGUAAAAAACCUAAACAUAGUGAUUACUUUGAUAAUAAUGACAUUAGUGGAGACAUUACUUUUGAGCACUAAGACCAUGAACCCUCAUCUCAUCCAACAAGAAUGAUCAAGAAAUCUCUAAUAAUCUCUAAUGAUAAAAGCACUCUAGAUCCAAAUACCAAUCCUUAAUACCACAUAGACUAACUUCUCUACCAGUAGCAAUAAGUGGACAAGUACAAUUAGCUUCUUGAACAAUAUUAAAAUCACGAAAGCCAUCACUCAGAUCUUGAUGGAAAGUUAAACAUUCAAAAAGAGCUCCUUGCUUAACAACUGCUUAUCAAUGAUGAUUACUUACCUCAGACAUUCACUACUAAUAACAGACUCAAGUUGAAUCAAACCACAAAGGUAGAAAGGCAUGAAAGCUUUUCCCCUCCAGCAGAAUAGAGUUUUGCCUUCAAGAAUAUGAUAAUUAAACCAGACACCAUUAAAUCACAGGUAUUCACCAGUGGCACAGGUUAAUAAAUAAGGAAACCCUCACAUUAAAAGACACUCACACUGCCUAAUGCAAACAUGAUAAACUUUCAUAACUAUUAAGAUCAGUCUGACAAUAUGCAAAAUCAUAAUAAGAAUGACUGCUAUGAAGAUUUAAAGAGUAAUGAAUACAAGACUAAUUAGAAACUACUUUCAACUGGUUAAACUCCAAGAGUAAUAAGGUAGAAAAAGAACUCAUUAGGUGGGGAUGGCAUUGUCUAAUAAAAAACUGACAACAUCACAAUAAGGAAAAAGAAUGCAUAGUAGAUGCAGAUUAAAAAGAAAAUACAGAUCUAAUUAGAUCUAAGCGAUGAUGAAGGUAUAAUUAUAGACUAGUAAAACUAGUUUAAAGGCAAGGAGACUGUUGACACUUACGAUUAUAAAUAAAAUCAAAUUGAAUUCGAUUUAAAAGCUAAUCAAGAUAUGAAGUUGAGGACUUAGAAAAUAAGUGAGAUUGCUAAAAUUAUAAAUAAUGAAUUGAAGGAUGCGAAGAGAAUUGAUAAAUCUUAGAAUAAAUAUUAAAGCUAGCAAAGCUAACCGCUUAUUAAUCAAAAUUUUUCACCCAGCUCAACAAGCAAUAAGCAUAAUUUUUUCCUGACCAAUCAACAAUAGUAAUCCCAUAACAAUACUAAAACUGUCAACCAGUCAAAUUCAUCUAAUCAGCAACUGAACCCAAACUAAUUGUAAUAGCCACCUUAAUCCUCAGUCAAUAUCAAAUUCUAAACUAGAAGAAAAUUUUCACAUUAGUCAAAUGGUUCUAAAAGUUCCUCGAGACUUUCGCCUUCAUACAGUGGCAAUUAAAGUGCUGUUGUCUAAUAAGAAGAGAUAAAUUUCCCUAUCACAGCUGCUAAGGCAAUUAAAUUAUUCAUGAAUCACUUAACUGACUAUGAGAAAGGAGAGAUUUUAGACUAUAAAUAGGUGUAUUAUCUUGGUGUAGGAGCUAAAAAGAUCAAAGGAUCUCCUUAUCAAAACUAUAACUCAGGAUAUGAUGAUGAAAGAGGUGAUUAUAAAGUAGUCAUAAAAGACCACAUUGGAUUCAGAUGGGAAGUAUUAGAAUUUUUAGGCAAGGGUAGCUUCGGAUAGGCUUUGAAAUGCUUUGAUCAUAAAACUCAAGAGAUUGUAGCAGUGAAACUGAUAAGAAAUAAAAAAAGAUUCUAGCACCAGGCUGGAGUUGAGUUAAAGAUAUUACAGCAUCUUAAGUAAAAUGAUCCAGAUGACUAGUACAACAUUAUUAGAAUCAAGGAUUACCUGAUUUUUAGAAAACAUUUAGUCAUCUCUUUCGAGUUGUUCUCAAUCAAUCUCUAUGAAUUCAUUAAGAACAAUAACUUUUAAGGAGUAUCUCUUUCAUUGAUAAGAAGAUUCGCUAUACAAAUGCUAUAAGCAUUGAAAUAUUUGAGAGAAGAGAGCGUUAUACAUUGUGACUUGAAACCUGAGAAUAUCCUAUUGAAAUUUCCUGAUAAAUCAGGCAUCAAGAUUAUUGAUUUUGGUUCUAGUUGCUUUUAAGAUGAAAGGAUUUACACAUAUAUCUAGUCAAGAUUUUACAGAGCUCCAGAGAUUGUUCUUGGCAUCCCUUAUACCGCAGCUAUAGAUAUGUGGAGCUUCGGAUGUAUUCUAGUUGAGCUUCUAACUGGCUACCCAGUUUUUCCAGGUGAAAGUGAAUAAGAAUAAUUGGGCUUAAUAAUGGAACUAAGAGGUGUUCCACCAGAUGAAGUCCUAGAAUAGUCAACAAGAAAGAAGAUAUUCUUUGAUGAAGAGACCAAUGAUCCUAUCUUAGUCCCUAAUACAAGAGGGAAAGUAAGAAUACCAGGAGCCAAGAACCUCUAAGGUCUAUUGAAGUAUCAGAGUCCUACUUUUCUUGAUUUUAUAGAUAGAUGCCUGGACUGGAAUCCUGAAACUCGUAUGACUCCAAUAGAUGCACUCAUGCAUGAUUGGAUAAUCGAAGGUCUUCCACCAAAGGUUUUGAUCCAUCAUCAAAGAAUAUUAGGCUUAGGAUUGAGUGAUAAAAAUGCUAAUCAUAAGUCAUAGCCGCACAUUAGAAAUCAACGAUCUUAGCCAUCACAGUCAACUAAAGCAGCUCAUAACAAGCUAAAUAAAACUUGUCUUAUCUCCGAAGAGAUUAUAAAUCAAAUGCCAGAGCCAAAGGAUACAACUCUAAGCAAGAGAGGUAAAUCUUUGAAUAAAACAGGUAUGGUGGUGAUAGAUGAGAGUGAAGAUUUAGUUGACAUAGAUACCUGCUACUUUUUACAAAAGAAGCAAUAGUAAAAAAAGAAGAAGCUACUCGAGAAUCAAAAGUAGCAAUUGAAGCAAUAACUUCAGAAUUAAAUGAUGAUAAUGGAGGAUGAUGAUGAUGAAGAAACUGGACAGAACUUUGGUGAAUAGCAAAAGAGUAAGACUACGAAUCUAGCUGACCUAUUAUAUGAAGUCAAGAAUGACAGGAAAAAACAGCAUUAGUAGGAUAUGGAUGAAAUACCAGGUUUAAACAUGAAAAACAAAGCUAAAAUGUUUGAAAACACACAUGAUAUCAGCAAGCUGAAGAAAAAUUCAUUCUUUUCUUAAAAUAACCUGGAAGAUCAUAUGCAGUUUAAUGAUGAAGAUGUUGAAGAUGAGGAUAUGGAAGGCAUUUUAUUACCAUUUGAUGAAAGAGACAAACAGGAUAAUGGAAUAAAACACAACCUCAAUAAAAAGAACAAAAUACCUUUCAGUUUCCUGAUGCAUCACUAUAUGAAAACCAAUACUGGGCAGCAAGUUGCUGCAUAAAAUCCUAAUGUUGGUUUCUAUAAGCCUCAAGGCAAUAACAUAAAACUAAAUAACUUUAUGGGAUCAAUUGGAACAAAUCAAGCUUCAAGUACACAGAACAAAGUAAAUUUGAAAAAGGGCUACGUCAAUAUGAGCAGUAACAUAUGA